AUGGUUGAGCAGUUGUAUGAGCUGGUUGAGCAGUUGCGAGAACAGGUUGAGCAUUUGUUUGAGCUGGUUGAGCAGUUGUGUGAGCUGUUUGAGCAGUUGCAAGAACAGGUUGAGCAGUUGUAUGAGCUGGUUGAGCAGUUGUAUGUGCUGGUUGAGCAGUUGUAUGAGCUGGUUGAGCAGUUGCAAGAACAGGUUGAGCAUUUGUUUGAGCUGGUUGAGCAGUUGUAUGAGCUAGUUGAGCAGUUGUAUGAGCUGGUUGAGCAGUUGGAGGAGCUGGUUGAGCAGUUGGAGGAGCUAGUUGAGCAGUUGUAUGGGCUGGUUGAGCAGUUGUAUGGGCUGGUUGAGCAGUUAUAUGAGCUGGUUGUGAAGUUGUAUGGGCUGGUUGAGCAGUUGUAUGAGCUGAUUGAGCAGUUGCAAGAACAGGUUGAGCAGUUGUAUGGGCUGGUUGAGCAGUUGUAUGAGCUGGUUGAGCAGUUGUAUGAGCUGGUUGAACAGUUGUAUGGGCUGGUUGAGCAGUUGGAGGAGCUAGUUGAGCAGUUGAAAGAGCAGAAGGAACAUGUUACAAUGGAUGACCAGAUGGAGCGGUCCAAAUUUACACUGAGGAGUUUGGAAUGGUGUCAUCAUCCAUGUUCUCAAAACUGGUAUCGGCAAACCCUCGUCCAUUUCCUCAACAUCAUCCUCUGA